ACGUCCACAGAAAACCAGACGACGUUUGUGAGCUUCUUUGCAGUGACGAGUGUUUCUCUGACGCUCCACAAUGCUGCGGUACGUUGUGGCUUUUGGUUUUCUGGUUGUGUGCUGGGCACAGAACUGCCAGGUGGCCAACAUCCAGGUCAUGCAGAACUUCAACAAGAGCAGGUAUGCAGGCAUAUGGUACGCCACAGCAAAGAAGGAUCCGGUGGGUUUAUUCUUACUUGACAACAUUGUGGCGCAGUAUUUUGUCCCAGAUAGCGCCCCAAUGAUGGCUGAAGCCAAGGGCAGAGUCAUCAUUUUGAACAACUGGAACAUGUGUGCUCACAUGUUCGCCACCUUCGAGGACACCCCUGAACCUGCCAAGUUCAAAAUGACUUACUGGGGAGCUGCAAGUUACCUACAACAAGGAAAUGAUGAACACUGGGUGAUAGACACAGACUACGACAACUACGCCGUCCAUUACUCCUGCAGGCAAGUGGCGGGAGAUGGCACAUGCGAGGACAGCUACUCCUUCAUUUUUUCUCGUCAUCCAACUGGUCUGAGGCCUCAGGAUAUGCUCACCGUAAACAGAAAGAAACAGGAAAUUUGUCUGCUGGGCAAAUACAAGCCUGUCAUCCACAAUGGCUUCUGCACGAACCAAAGCUGAUGUGUUGAAAGUCUUAUUUUCUUUUCAAACCACCCACCUCUGGGACCCUUCAACCGUCUGCUGGUCUCGGACUGAUUCUCUAC